AAAGAGUGUGAUGUGUAUGUACGUUUGUGUUUCUUCCUCUUUGCUCUCUUUCUUUCAACUACUCUUCUUUCAUUAUAGAUAGAGAUAUUUCAUCUCCUUCAACUCAAGGCUUUGACCCUUUUCUCUUUCACUUUUCCCUCUUAUGUCCUCAGAGUUCUGCUCGGGCUUUGUUCAACGGCUAAGGUAGUAGUAUAUCGUGAAUGUGUGGUAGGCGCACAUCACGAGUUUGAAACCUGGCUACUUAACGAAGUCCAGCAUUUAAGUGGAGAAAGGUUUCUUGUGAGUAAACUGUGCUAGGUGUACGACAACUUGGAUAAAGUGGUGAAUUAUGUCUAUAAUUUUGAAGAGUAUGCCAUUUUUCACUUGAAGAAUCGCUUGAAAAACUUGAAUUUUAAGUGUGGUGUAUGCUCUUGGAGCCGAUGACGACUGUUCAUCUUUUAUGCUAUUUGUGAUGCAGCCUUGAGUUACUGACUGCAGAGUUGAAACUGCUUGUAAGUCUAUCAUUGUUGAAUAUGUAAUUGCUUUCUGAAAGGGCAUGGAUUGAUUUGCUGCUGUUUUUUUUUUCUUUUUCGGGCUACUCUUCUGUUUCCCAUCUUGGCUUUUUAUUUCAUUAAGAACAUUCUGAAGACAUGGGUUUUAGCUGCUGAUACUUACUGCUCAGGAGUUGGAAUUCAGCUGGCUGUCUCUCCAACAUGAGUAUAUGUCACUCUUGCAUUAAAGACCUAAACUGAUUUGGGCAAUUUAUACGACGCAUAUGAUAUGGACGACAGUGGCCAUCAUGAGAAUGGAAGGCAUAAACCACCUCAGGGCCAGUGGUUUUUGCAGCAUCAGCCAUCAAUGAAGCAGAUAAUGGCUAUCAUGGCCGAAAGAGAUGCUGCUAUUCAAGAGAGGAACUUGGCUCUUUCUGAAAAAAGGGCUACCUUGGCAGAGCGAGACAUGGCCAUCUUGCAACGAGAUUCGGCUAUAGCAGAACGAAAUAGUGCCAUAAUGGAGCGGGACAAUGCCACUGCCACUCUUCAGUAUCAAGAGAACUCAAUGAACAGUGGUAACAUGUCUCCUUGUCCGCCCGGAUGUCAAAUUGCACGCGAACUGAAACACAUGCACCAUCCACAACAGCAUGUACAUCAUCAGCCACAGUUGGGAGAACCUACAUUUAACCACAGCGAUAUGCACAUGAACGAGUCAUCCAUACAGUCACCAGCUGCUCCGGAGCCCACAAAAUCCCGUAGGAACAAAAGAUCCAAGGAGGCAAAGCUAGUGACAUCUUCUAAAAAGACUUCAAAGCCAUCAAAGAAAGUGAAAAAGGAAGGUGAAGACCUUAACAAGUCAAUGCUUGACGAAUCGCAGGAGUGGAAUGGCGCCCAAGAGAUGGGUGGUGGAAAUGAUGAUGUUAAUAGGCAGUUGGGUGUGACAAAGACGGAUUGGAAGGAUCAGGACCUGGGGCUCAACCAGGUUUCUUUUGACGAAUCAACCAUGCCAGUCCCUGUUUGUUCCUGCACUGGAGUUUUAAGGCCUUGCUACAAAUGGGGAAAUGGAGGUUGGCAAUCUUCAUGUUGUACAAACAAUUUGUCAAUGUAUCCAUUACCAACGCUUCCUAACAAGCGACAUGCUAGAAUUGGUGGUCGGAAAAUGAGUGGGAGUGCAUUCACCAAGCUGCUUAGCCGCCUGGCAGCUGAAGGCUACGAUCUAUCAAAUCCAGUUGAUCUUAAGGACAACUGGGCAAAGCAUGGGACAAACCGCUACAUCACCAUCAAGUAAUGCUUCUAACAUUAUUCAUUCGAUAAGAUAUCUACAAAUUUGGGAGGAUAUGUAGAAAGCAAUUACAUACUAUCACAUCUUUGGUUAUCAUGUGUUUCAUUGUCGAUGGAGAAUCGACUUCUAAUAGUAUCACGGAUUCAAAGUGGUUUAAUCUAUCAAGAUUAUUCAAGGAUAAGUAAUGAGUGUUGGUGUACGUUGACAGUCAGCAGACAACUAGUCAAAUACACGAUGAGUUUUCACAAUCAAAGGUGGAGAUCAUAUUGUACAAAUAGGGCAUAGACAAAUUUUAGUAUAUAAGUUGUUGAAUUCUCUUAACAUAUAGGAUUUCUCUACUAUAUAGCGAAAUUGCUCUAGAUCAUAAGUUCAAAUA